AUGAGGCUUCUGUGCGUGCCUGCCUGCCUCUGUAGUUCCAGGGAGGCAGCAGGCGGCAGGGCACCAGCAGGAAGGGGGACCCGCGUCCCGCCGGCUGCCGGGGAGGAGGGGUGCGCCCGAGACGGGGAGGGGGCCCUGUGCUGUCUGAGAAGCUCGUCAAAGGGCCCCGUCCGGCCUUCAGCUGUGAGCAGAAAACUUAGGGAGAGGGCAAGCAGGAUCGAGGUGGAGAGACGCACGUUAGGAAAGGCAGUCCCAUCUCAGAGGAAAUCAACGGAGCCUGGUUUCUCGCUCCCAGAUCUCAAUCGGACCUCAGAGGCGGUGGGUGGGGAGUCCUCACCCCGUCAGAAGCGUCUCUUACAAUUGAUUCACAGGUCAUCAAUUACAGCUGAGGAGGUCGGGGUGCGUUCACAGGGCACUGAGGAGAGUCAGGCUGGGCUGGGGUCCGCACACUCACUCCGGGAUGCAGCGAGGUCAGUCACUGCGCAGCUCAGGCCACGCUCCUCGCUGGCCUUGGAGCAGGCGUGCUGCCACCAGCCCUGUUUCCUGGGCCCUUCCCGGGGUUGCUGA